CAGACUGAGACUCAACGACACCAGCGUGCAGAGCAGGAGCAGAGACAUGUUUUGCUGCCUUCAUUUACUGCCAGUCCCACUGCAGAUCUGCUUGGGAAUGUGCCUGCACCAGGAUAUCACAGAAGAGGGUAAAAAGGCUAAACUCCAGAGCUCUAAAAUAGAGCAAGACCUCUGUGAACAGGCCAAGACUGAGACGAAUGUGGUGAAAAUCCUCAUGCUUGGGGCUGCAGAGAGUGGAAAGAGCACCCUGAUCAAACAGAUAAAGAUAAUCCACAGUCACGGCUUCUCCAAACAAGAGCUCAGUAGUUUCAAGCCUGCAGUACUAGACAACCUGCUGACCUCUAUGAAGUUUGUUCUCCGAGGAAUGGGGAUGCUGAGGAUUAACCUCGCUAACAAGAAGAACAAGACGCACGCCCGCUCCAUCCUGUCCUGCAACCAGUGUUUAGGGGACGACCAGGAGCUGCUUCCUUUUGUAGCUCAUGCCGUCUGUGCACUUUGGGCCGACCAAGGGGUGCGAGCAGCUGCAGCCAGAGGUUACGAGUUUGAGCUGAAUGACUCUGCACUCUAUUUCUUCGAGAACAUGAGUCGAAUCAUCGCUCCCAAAUACGUCCCCACCGAGACAGAUGUUCUGAGAGUGCGAGUGAGGACCUGUGGAAUCAUUGAGACGCAGUUUCAACUUAAUGAAAUGAUCUUUCGGUUGUAUGAUGUCGGGGGCCAGCGCAGUGAGAGGAGGAAGUGGCUCAGCUGCUUUGACUGUAUUCAGGCCGUGUUGUUUGUCGUGGCCCUCAGCAGCUAUGAUAUACAGACGGAGGAGCCUUCAGGGAAUCGCCUGCAAGAAAGUCUCAAACUUUUUACAUCCGUCUGCACCAACGCAGUUUUCAGCAGCGCCUCACUGAUUCUGUUUAUGAACAAAACCGACCUUUUCCAAGACAAGAUCCUACACUCUGGAAGACACUUGAGAUUUUACCUGCCUAGUUACAAAGGAGUCGAUGGUGACGUGGACGCUGCAGCCCACCACAUCGCUGCCAUGUUCUCGUCAUGCAACAGCCGCCUGGACAAGCCCGUCUACCACCACUUCACCACUGCCACAGACACCGCUAACAUACAGGUUGUCUUCCACAUGGUCAUAGAUCAGGUUAUGAGUGAGAAUCUAGCGGCUGUGCAGCUGCUGUAAACAUCUCCUGAGGGCUGUUAGGAUUGUGAAGUUGUGUUUUUAGUCAUCCAGCGCUGGACUUUUAGUUUUAUCACGAUUGGUUUCACCAUUUUAAAAUAACUUAUUUAAGCAGAUGAUGAUGUUCUGUUAAGAUGCACUUUCCCAAAUUUAUUUUAAAACAUUUUAAAUAAAAUAUUUA